AUGAGGGACCCAUCUUAUUAUGGUUUAAAGACCGAAAAGAAUCAUAAACGGGCGAAAUCUAUCCCCUGGCCCGACGUGAGCGACGACGACAAAGAUAAGACCAAAGGGAAUGGUGUUAAGCGGAAAAACUCCAUCGUGAAUGGAAGCUCAGACCAAUCUAGAGGCGGUCAAAAUGGACACAAGAACAAGAAACGUCGCAGUUCUGUCCAUAACGGCGACACACCGCAAUCGAAAGAUUCUGCACAUGGCCCUAGCUCAAGUCAGUCGAAGCGACCGCAUGUAAACGGCUCUGGACCAAGUACUCCGCACUCAGCUAAAUUCAAAGCUGUACAGGAGCAACGUGCACAACUUCCUAUCGCUAAAGGAAGGGAAGCUCUGAUUGAAGAAAUCAGAAAAAACGAUGUUACUAUUCUUUUGGGAGAGACAGGCUCUGGGAAGACUACCCAGGUGCCACAGUAUAUCCUCGAAAGUGGUCUUGCCCGAAAUGGCAUGAUCGCAGUAACACAACCCCGCAAAGUAGCUGCGACCUCGUUGGCUCAGCGGGUGGCCGUCGAACAAAAUGUGUCCCUGGGUGACCUUGUUGGAUACGCGGUUCGAUUUGACGAGAAAUCCUCAACCGAGACGAGGAUCAAGUAUCUCACGGACGGAAUGAUCGUUCGAGAACUCAUGUCAGACCCUCUCCUCAGCCACUACAGUGUCGUCAUUGUCGAUGAGGCCCACGAAAGAACCCUACGAACAGAUCUGCUCAUUGCGAAUCUCAAGACAAUACAGGCGAAAAGGAAUCCCAAGAGUGAUGCUAAAGGGAAGGGCAAUGCGGAUGCCUCAAAUCCCUUGAAAAUAGUCAUCAUGAGUGCUACUCUAGACGCAGAGAAGUUCAGUAGGUUCUACCACAAUGCAAAAAUUCUCUACGUUAAGGGUCGACAGCAUCCCGUCAAAAUCUACCACUCAGCGGAGAGUCAGCUUGAUUACACUGACGCUGCUAUGCGGACAUUCUUCCAAAUACAUACCGAUCAACCCCCAGGAGAUGUUCUCAUAUUCUUGCCUGGACAAGAAGAUAUCGAGAGUCUCCAAAAGUCAAUAGAGCUUUACGCCAGACAGCUUCCUAGAGACAAACCCGAGGUUUUAACAUGUACAAUGUUUGCUGCUCAAGAACAUUCUCAAAAUAAUAAAGCCUUUGCACCGACACCACCAAAUACCCGUAAAUGUAUUCUAGCUACGAACAUAGCAGAAACCUCUAUUACUAUUCCUGGCAUCAAAUAUGUUAUUGACACUGGAAAAUGUAAAGAAAAGCAAUACCUUGCACGAACAGCUGGUGGUGGUUUUGAUACCCUGUUAACGAGAGAUAUUACCAAGUCAUCUGCGAUGCAACGGGCGGGUCGCGCUGGUCGCGAGGGCGCCGGAGUAUGUUUCCGACUGUACACAGAAGACGCAUUCAACAACAUGGCUGUCGCAGGAGAACCUGAAAUCUUGCGUUGCAGUCUCACUGCAAGUAUUCUCAACUUGAAGUGCCUAGGGCAGAAUCUGGAAGAGCUCGAUCUCAUGGAUAAACCUGAUCUCGAAACAAUUUCCUCUGCCCUCAAAACACUAUGGCUGCUCGGGGCCAUUGACAAUAAUCAAAAGCUGACGGCAGCCGGCCGCCAGAUGGCCCUGUUCCCCCUGGAGCCACAGUACGCAUGCGCCGUUGUGGCAUCGAAGGAAUACGGCUGCACCUCUGAAGUGCUCGACAUCGUCUCCAUCUUAUCCGCAUCAUCAAAACUAUUCGUCGACAUCAGCGACCAGCGAGACGCAGUCACCGAGACACGGCGAAAGUUCAAGCAUUCCAGCGGCGACCACCUCACAGUCCUGAACGCUGUCCGUGCAUACCGUGAAAUUGCCGCAGCGGAGAACAAGCACGCGAGGAGGGAGUGGUGCCGAAAGCACUUUUUGAACGAGCGGACGUUCCUGGAGGCGAGGGAUAUCCGCGAGCAGCUCGUGGUGACGUGUACCAAGAUCGGGAUCGAUGUAAACGCGUCGGCGAAAGACAAUGAUGAACCUGUGAUUAGAAGCUUGGGACAUGGUUUGGCUGGGAACUCUGCACUCCUUCAGCCUGAUGGGACCUAUAAGCAAACCAUGGGGCAAACUAUUGUCAAGGUUCACCCCGGUUCCACAUUGGCCGACAAAAAAGUACCAGCUAUCAUUUACGAUGAUUUAAUGUAUACCAAUCAGAUAUAUGCCCGUGGUGUAUCUGCGAUUCCGAAGAGUUUCUUCUUAACUCAUGCCCUCCUCAACCAGAAGAAGGCCUGA